AUGGAGGGAAGUGAUUUAUACAAAGCAAGCACUAGUUUACGAGCGAGUAGUUCAACAGUUUGGAGAAACAGUACUAUGGAGGUAUUCUCAAGGUCUUCAAUGCGUGAAGAAGAAGAUGAUGAAGAAGCUCUAAAAUGGGCUGCACUAGAAAAACUCCCUACUUACAACCGUUUAAGGAAAGGGUUGUUGACCAAUUCACGUGGAAUCGCCAAUGAGAUUGAUAUUACUGAUCUUGGAUCUCAAGAAAGACAGAAAUUGUUGAACAGGUUGGUCAAUGUUGCUGAAGAGGACAAUGAGAAGUUUUUGUUGAAGCUGAAGGAACGAAUAGAUAGAGUUGGGAUUGAUAUUCCAACAAUUGAAGUUCGUUAUGAGCACUUAAAUGUUGAGGCAGAGGCUUAUGUGGGAAGCAGGGCUUUGCCAACUUUCCUGAACUUUGUUACCAAUAUAGUGGAGAGCUUUUUAACUUCUCUCCAUAUUCUCUCAAGCAAAAAGAAACACAUGACUAUCCUUAAAGAUGUUAGUGGAAUCAUCAAACCUCGGAGGAUGACAUUGCUUUUAGGUCCUCCAAGUUCAGGAAAGACCACACUCCUUUUGGCCUUGUCAGGAAAACUUGAUCCAACUCUGAAGGUAUCUGGGAGAGUGACUUAUAAUGGGCAUGGAAUGAAUGAAUUUGUACCUCAGAGAACUGCUGCCUAUAUCAGCCAACAUGAUGUUCAUGUUGGAGAAAUGACUGUGAGGGAAACCUUAGCUUUCUCUGCAAGGUGCCAAGGGGUUGGAUCACGUUAUGACUUGCUAUCUGAGUUGACUAGAAGAGAAAAAGAAGCAAAUAUUAAGCCGGACCGGGAUAUUGAUGUCUACAUGAAGGCAGCUACAACAGGAGGGCAAGAGGCAAGUCUAGUAACUGAUUAUGUACUAAAGAUUUUGGGAUUGGAUAUAUGUGCUGAUACAAUGGUUGGGGAUGAAAUGCUGCGUGGUAUAUCUGGAGGUCAAAGGAAGCGAGUUACUACAGGAGAAAUGUUGGUUGGACCAGCUAAUGCUCUUUUCAUGGAUGAAAUAUCCACUGGCUUAGACAGUUCCACAACUUUUCAAAUUGUGAACUCUCUCAAGCAAUAUGUUCACAUUCUUAAUGAAACUGCUGUUAUCUCCCUACUCCAGCCAGCACCAGAGACCUAUGAACUUUUUGAUGACAUUGUUCUUAUCACUGAUGGUGUCAUUGUCUAUCAAGGACCUCGUGAAUACAUUCUUGAAUUUUUUGAAUCUAUGGGGUUUAAAUGUCCUGAGAGGAAAGGUGUUGCUGACUUUCUUCAAGAAGUAACUUCAAUAAAGGAUCAACAACAGUAUUGGAUGCGCAGAGAUGAACCGUAUAGUUUUGUAACUGGUACUCAAUUUGCUGAGGCAUUUCAGUCAUUCCAUGUUGGAAGGAGAAUUGGAGAAGAACUUGCAAUUCCAUUUGAUAAGUCUAAGAAUCACCCUGCUGCAUUAACCACUAAAAAAUAUGGCGUUGAAAAGAAGGAAUUAUUAAAGGCUAACUUCUCAAGAGAGUAUUUGCUUAUGAAAAGAAAUUCAUUCGUUUACAUCUUCAAGAUAUGUCAGCUCUCUAUAAUGGCUAUAAUAACAAUGACACUAUUUCUACGAACUGAGAUGCACCGAGAUUCCUUGGAUGAUGGAGGUGUUUAUGCUGGAGCUUUAUUUUUUACUGUGGGAAUGAUUAUGUUUAAUGGAAUGCCUGAGAUUUCAAUGACAAUUGCAAAGCUUCCUAUUUUCUAUAAGCAACGAGAUCUUCUGUUUUAUCCCUCCUGGGCAUAUGGGAUACCUACAUGGAUACUCAAAAUCCCUGUUACAUUUGUGGAAGUUGCAAUUUGGGUAUUUUUCACCUAUUAUGUAAUUGGAUUUGAUCCAAAUGUUGGGAGAUUAUUUAAGCAGUACCUUUCGUUAUUAUUGAUACAUCAGAUGGCUUCUGGAUUGUACCGAGCUAUUGCAGCAUUGGGUAGGAACAUAAUUGUAGCCAACACAUUUGGGUCCUUUGCAGUUCUUAUACUGCUUACAUUGGGUGGCUUCAUUUUGUCAAGAAAGGAUAUCAAGGGUUGGUGGAUUUGGGGUUACUGGAUUUCACCUUUGAUGUAUGGACAGAAUGCAAUAGUGGUGAAUGAGUUCCUUGGAAAUAGUUGGAACCAUUUUACGCCAAAUUCAAACAAGACACUGGGAAUUCAAGUUUUAGAGUCUCGUGGAUUCUUCACACAUGCAUAUUGGUAUUGGAUAGGAGUUGGGGCAUUGAUUGGAUUUAUAUUCCUUUUUAAUAUUGUAUAUACGGUGGCUCUCACUUUCCUCAAUCCAUUUGAGAAGCCACAGGCAACAAUAAAUGAAGAAUCAGAAGGAAAUGCACCUCAUUAUAGAGCCCAAGAAGUUGAAUUACCAAGUAUAGGUAAGAGCUUCCACUAUCAUGCAGAAAAUUCAAGGAAAGUGGAUGGUAUUGUGGAUUCUAGCCAUGGAAAUAAAAAAGGAAUGAUUCUUCCUUUUGAACCACAUUCUAUCACCUUUGAUCAAGUCGUAUACUCAGUGGACAUGCCACAAGAAAUGAAGGAUCAAGGUGUAGUAGAGGAUAAGUUAGUACUUCUAAAGGGUGUCAGUGGUGCAUUCAGACCUGGUGUUCUUACAGCUUUGAUGGGUGUAAGUGGAGCAGGUAAAACUACUUUGAUGGAUGUUUUGGCUGGGAGGAAAACUGGAGGAUACAUUGAUGGGAGCAUAAAAGUUUCUGGUUACCCCAAAAAGCAAGAAACAUUUGCUCGAAUCUCUGGUUAUUGUGAGCAGAAUGAUAUCCACUCUCCUCAAGUUACUGUUUUUGAGUCCUUGCUCUAUUCAGCAUGGCUUCGUUUACCAGCUGAAGUUGAUUCUAACACAAGAAAAAUGUUCAUUGAGGAAGUCAUGGAACUAGUGGAGCUAAAACCGUUGAGGAACUCAUUAGUUGGUUUGCCUGUUGUGAAUGGUCUCUCAACAGAACAACGCAAAAGGCUAACAAUUGCAGUUGAAUUAGUGGCUAAUCCAUCCAUAAUUUUCAUGGAUGAGCCUACUUCUGGAUUAGAUGCUAGAGCUGCUGCAAUAGUUAUGAGAACAGUUAGGAACACGGUUGACACAGGAAGAACAGUUGUUUGCACCAUCCAUCAGCCAAGCAUUGACAUAUUUGAAGCUUUUGAUGAGUUGUUCCUAAUGAAGCGUGGAGGACAAGAAAUAUAUGUUGGGCCAUUGGGUCGCCAUUCCAGUCAAUUGAUCAAGUAUUUUGAGAGCAUCGAAGGGGUUAGUAAAAUCAAAGAUGGCUAUAACCCGGCAACUUGGAUGUUGGAAGUUACAACUUCAGCGCAAGAACUUAAUUUAGGUGUUGAUUUUCAUGAGAUAUACAAAAAUUCUGAGCUCCAUAGGAGAAACAAGCAACUUAUAGCACAACUUAGCAACCCCACUCCUGGUUCAAAAGAUCUUCAUUUCCCUACUCAAUACUCACAGUCACUAUGGGUCCAAUGCCUAGCUUGCUUAUGGAAACAACAUUGGUCAUAUUGGCGCAACCCACCAUACACUGCUGUUAGGUUUUUCUUCACAACUUUCAUAGCCUUAAUAUUUGGAACCAUGUUCUGGGACCUUGGAGGAAAAUACUCAAAUAGGCAAGACCUGUUUAAUGCCAUGGGUUCAAUGUAUACUGCGGUUCUCUUCCUUGGUGUCCAGAAUUCUGCUUCUGUGCAACCAGUGGUAGCAGUUGAGAGAACUGUCUUUUAUAGAGAAAGAGCUGCUGGAAUGUAUUCUGCUUUACCCUAUGCACUUGCACAGGUUAUAAUAGAGCUACCUUAUGUUCUUGCCCAAUCUGUAACAUAUGGUGUCAUAGUUUAUGCCAUGAUUGGGUUUGAGUGGACUUUAGAGAAAUUCUUUUGGUAUAUGUUUUUCAUGUACUUCACAUUGUGCUACUUCACCUUCUAUGGCAUGAUGUCCGUGGCAGUUACCCCAAAUCACCAUGUUGCUUCAGUUGUGGCUGCUGCAUUUUAUGCAAUGUGGAACCUCUUUUCAGGAUUUGUCAUCCCACGACCUAGGAUUCCUGUAUGGUGGAAGUGGUAUUACUGGGCAUGUCCCGUGGCAUGGACUAUAUAUGGAUUGGUUGCAUCGCAAUUUGGAGAUAUCACAAACAUGAUGGAAUCAGAAAAUAAGUCGGUGCAAGAGUUCAUAAGAAGUUAUUUUGGAAUCAAACAUGAUUUCAUUGGAGUUUGUGCAGUUGUGGUUUUUGGGACUGCAGUGCUCUUUGCCUUUAUUUUUGCUGUCUCGAUCAAGGUCUUCAACUUCCAAAGGCGAUAG